UUCUAAGAUUGGUGGUUCAGUUCACGGUCUUACUCUUAUACCUUGUCGAUCUCCUAAAGUUCCUUCAACCUAAAUAAAGCAAGUUAUUGCUAAACUUUUGAAAGAAUUUUCCCUGAAUUUCAUUCUCAGGUGAAGGUUUAGGGUUGGGGAUUGGGGUCAGGAGGCUCAUUUUUAGUGGGCCGAUAUACGUAUGCUGUCUUAUUUUCCGAAUUUAAUUUCGCCUUCUUCCAUGGAGAGUUCCGAUGAUGAGAAAGAUGGUAAUGCUGAAGCUUCUCUUCCGAAGGAAUUAGGUCACUCCUCGGAAUCUAAGCAAUCAAAAUUUGUGGAUGAUAUACUUAAGGGAUCAAAUGAGAGUUGCUUGGAGAAUUUUCGGAUGGAUAAACACACGUUCUUUAAAUUGUGCGAUUUGCUACGUACUAGAGGCCUACUGCGUCAUACAAAUCGGAUCAAGAUUGAGGAGCAGUUAGCAAUAUUUAUGUUUAUAGUUGGGCAUAAUCUACGGACUCGAGCAGUUCAGGAGCUAUUCAGAUACUCAGGCGAAACCAUCAGUCGUCAUUUCAACAAUGUCCUGACUGCAAUUACGACUAUUUCAUUAGAUUUCUUCCAGCCUCCAAAAUCCGAUGUUCCACCAGCAAUUCGAGUAGAUCCACAAUUUUAUCCUUAUUUUCUGUUGACGGCAUACAUUUCCCAGUGACAGUAGGUGUCGAUGAACAAGGGCCUUUCCGAAACAAGAAAGGUUUUCUUUCACAGAAUGUGUUAGCAGCAUGCUCGUUUGACAUGAAGUUUCAUUAUGUUCUUGCUGGUUGGGAAGGCUCCGCCCCAGAUAUGCGAGUUCUAAGUUCAGCUCUAACUAGGCGUAACAAGCUGGCA